GCACCCACUCCAUGAGGUAUUUUGAAUUCGCCGUGUCCCGGCCCGGCCGCGGGGAGCCCCGCUACAUCGAAGUUGGCUACGUGGACGACACGGAGUUCGUGCGCUUCGACAGCGACUCAACGAGUCUGAGGAUGGAGCCGCGGGCGCCGUGGGUGGAGCACGAGGGACCCGAGUACUGGGAGCGGAACACGCGGAGAGCCAAGAGACAUGCGCAGGCAUACCGAGGGAGCCUGAGCAACCUGCGCGGCUACUACAACCAGAGCGAGGCGGACUCUCACACCUUCCAGGAGAUGUACGGCUGCGACGUGGGGUCCGACGGGCGCCUCCUGCGCGGGUACUACCAAUCCGCCUACGACGGCGUCGACUACAUCGCCCUGAACGAGGACCUGCGCUCCUGGACCGCGGUGGCGGGCACGCAGGCUUGGCAAACCCAGCAAAAGUGGGAGCAGGGGGAUGAGGCUGAGCACUGGAGGAACUACCUGGAGAACAUCUGCGUGCCUUGGCUCCUCAGAUACCUGGAGAACGGGAAGGACACGCUGCUGCGCGCAGAACCCCCCAGGAGACACAUAACCCACCAACCCUUCUCUGACCAUGAGGCCACUCUGAGGUGCUGGGCCCUGGGCUUCUACCCUGCCGAGAUCACUCUGACCUGGCAGCGUGAUGGGGAGGACCUGACCCAGGACACAGAGCUGGUGGAGACCAGGCCUUCGGGGGAUGGAACCUUCCAGAAGUGGGCAGCUGUGGUGGUGCCUUCUGGAGAGGAGCAGAGAUACACGUGCCGUGUGCAGCACCAGGGGCUGCCGGAGCCUGUCACCCUGAGAUGGGAGCCCCCUUCUCAGUCCACCAUCCUCACUGUGGGCAUCAUUGUUGGCCUGGCUCUCCUCGGGGUUGUGGUCACUGGAGCUGUGAUGGCAGCUGUGAUCACCAGGAAGCGGCGCUCAGGUUUGCUCAGGAAAGACACUUUCACCUUCAUAAGCUGCGGAUGA